AUGGAGAUGUGGAACACUACUAUUGUAGGUCCCAAGGUGACCGUUUGCUGCGCACAGACAUUAUCACGUGCCUCCCCGCCGCCGCUCAGAUCGCCUCGCUGCCUCCGUGACUUGUACACGACAACGCGCCUGCGGGCUCCAUCAACACCAUACGCACAGCGCACAGAAUUCGACUCUCGCAUACGCAAAACGGACACCAGCCUGGCCAUUCGAGGAUAUACUCAACGCUACUUGGAUCACCAUACGCGCGCGAUCAUGGACGACAGCCGGAAAGCGGCCCCGCGCGCGGACGAGGAGCCCGAGGACGAUGCGUUCAAUGCGUUUCUGCGACAGGCACAGGAAGGCGCGGUGGAGGGUGGAGGCGAUAUCUGGUCUAGCCUGGCAAAUCGCGAGCUGGAUGUGGGCGAGAAAGCGGACGAUGCGAUUGACUUUGAGGACAUCAGUGACGAUGAUUUGCCAGAGGAGGAGUUUGCAGAUGAUGAGGGGAAUAUGGCUGCGCUGCAGAACUACAGCGGUACGACUGUGCAAGGCUCAGGUGAUGGCGAGGACGCAGAUAUGGAAGACUUGUUUGGCGACGAUCUCUUUGGCGACGGUCCUGGCUUUUCCAGCCCUGAGCACACGCAUGGCGAAGAUAAACCGCUCAAGUCGGUGGAAGGUGUUGGGCAGGACGACAUGGACAUCACGAGUGACAGUCAGGGACCGUCCUUUGAGAACAUGACGCAAACUGUUGCACAGCAAGAGCAGGAGCAGGAGGAAGAGGAGGACGAAGACCCCGAGUACCGUGAGCAGAUGGCCCUGUUCGCACAAGCUCGUGGUGGCAAGGAGAGUCAGGCGCCGCCGCCUCCAAAGACUUCGAAGGAAGACUUCGAGAAGGUCUGGCCCAACUUUGAACCCGACAAGCCGCCACGGUUCUUUAGUUUGGUGCCCCGCAAACGUGCCUACUACAUCCCAAAGGUUCCCCAAAAGCAGAUGAAGCCCAUGGCGUUUACAAAACUGAGUCUUGAUAUCGCGCCGGAUCAGGAGAAAGCCUUUCGAUUGCCCGCUGUAGCGCCCACACCCAAGUCUGGGAGACAACAGGAGGAAGAUCAAGGUGGUCUCAUUCAUAUUGCCAGCACUACCGAGGAAGACCAAGAGCACGAUGACCAGAUGGAGAUGGAAAACUUCGACGUCAUUGAUGAAGGCGAGAUGAUUGGUAAUGUGUCCUGGAGUGAACUCCAGGUUGCUUGCGCAGAUUGGGAUAUUCCCGAUGAUGCAAGCGACACGAGCAUGCCUGACCAAAAGCAACCACCGACACCACCAGACAGUAUGCCGGACCACGACAUGGAAUUCGGUUCGCCCAACAAGAAGCGAAAGCUCGGAAGUGGCGACCAGCCCAUACACUUCUCCAUUUACGACCACGCAGACCUGCCCCUUUGGGAUGAUCCAGAGCUGGAGACGGCGAGAGUGGCAAAGAAGAUUCUACUGGACAUGAACGACCCACAUCUGCUUCUCGAUGUACAGCAACCGACUACCGAGCCGCAGAAGCCACGGUCAACGGGUCUGGGUCUGAAGCGCGAUGGUCGUGGAAGUCUUGCGAACCCAAUGUUUAAGCGAUACAAUAUAUCCAACGAUGAGGCAUAUGACGCGCUCAAGGAGAGAAGUCAACAGAAGGUUCGCAGUACCAUUGGCCACAUGAACGUUGAGCAUAGUUUGCCGGCGUUGAAGCUACAAUGGCCCUUCUACAAGGUCAAUCUGUCCGAUCGCGAACUUCGGUCAUUCCAUCGCCCUACCAUAUCCUUCAAGCCUGGAGAGCGAGCUGGUAUUUCCAUGCUUAAGUCAGUCAAAAGGAAGCAUAAGAAAAAUCUCAAGCCAUCAGAGGCGUUUGCUACGGCGGAGGAUCUCAACAUCGGCGACAACUCUGAUCUUUUGCUUGCCGAAUACUCCGAGGAGUACCCGACCACAUUGUCCAACUUCGGCAUGGGUAUCAAGAUUCUCAACUACUACCGUCGCAAAGACAUGGAUGAUACUGCACGACCCAAACCCGACGAUGGCAUUGGUGAGACUUCGGUGCUGCUACCGCAGGACAAGAGUCCCUUCUCGCUGUUUGGUCAGGUCGAGCCGGGCCAGCAAGUCUUGACGCUUCACAAUGCCAUGUAUCGUGCUCCCGUGUUCAAACACAAGCCUGCGGAGACCGACUUCUUGGUUAGCAGAAGCUCUACUGGUGUCCAUGGACCCAAAUAUUACAUGCGCACCAUUCCGAACCUUAUGGUUGUUGGCCAGCAGUUUCCUAGUGUGGAGGUUCCUGGAACACACGCUCGCAAGGUUACGGAAGCUUCCAAGAAGCGUCUGAAGAUGCUGGCGUUCCGCUUGUACAGGCGAGGUCAACAGAGAGGCGCAAGGCAGCCUUGGGUUAGCAACGAGAUGAUCAAGCAGCAUCUUCCAGGGACGGAGAUUGCGCAGAACCGUUCUCGGAUGCGUGAAAUCAUGAAGUACCAGAAGGACAUUGGCACUUGGGAGCCUGUGCCUGGCGAGACCAUUCCUGAGGAGCCUGUGCUGCGCACUUGGAUAAAACCAGAGGAUGUCUGUCUUAUUGACUCGAUGCAUGCUGGAGACAAGCAGCUUCAGGACGCCGGUAUUAAGUCGAACGAGAUCCGGGACGAUGACGAAGAGCAGGACAAUGAGAAUGCAGAUGUCAAGCUGGCACCCUGGAACACGACCAAGAACUUCCUCAACGCCUGUGCAGGCAAGGCCAUGUUGGAGCUCCACGGCGAGGGCGAUCCCACCGGUCAAGGUCUGGGUUUCAGCUUCAUCAAGGUGUCCAUGAAGGGUGGAUUCCGCGACGUGGGCGAGAGCGCGGCCGAUCGGGUCGAUGCCAAGAAGCUCAAAGAACUCGGCGGUCACAGCUACAACGUGCAGCGGCAACAGAUGAUGUACGAGAACGCAAUCAAGCGGAUCUGGAACAAGCAAAAAGAGUCCCUCUCCGCCGUCGCCCCACCCUCUGAAGUCGAAGAAGACGUCGACUCCGCCGCAGCAGCCCGGGGCCUCACCCGCCAACGCUCCGAAGUAGGCACCCCGCUCGCACGCGCCGACGACGAGACCAUGUCGCAAUUCUCGCGCAACAGCGCCGCCGAGACACGCGGCAAGAAACUCAAGAUUACCCGCACCGUGCAAAACGCACAGGGCGAGUACGAAGAGGUGACGGAGCUCAUCACCGACCCAGAAGUCAUGAAGCUCUACCUCAAGCGCAAGAAGCAGGAGCGUCUGCUCAACAUGAAGAUUGAUGAAAUCAAGCCCACGGGCGACAAGGAGUACGAUCAGGCGCAGAUUAUCAAACUACGCGCUGAAUACGCUCGUCUUGCCCGCAAUAUCGAGCGUCGCGAGGGCAGGGAAAAGGCAAAGGGCAUUCAUAAGAGUCAGAUGGCUGGCGAGGUUGGUUCGGGGCCGCAGGGGCUGGGCAAGGGCGGGGCGACGCCGCGCAAGUGUGCGAAUUGUGGUGAGGUUGGGCAUAUUAAGACGAAUAAGAAACUUUGCCCCCUCCUCAAUGGCCAGAAGAAACAGAGCGAUACUUUUCGCGAUGCACCUGCUGCUUCUCCGGUCGCGGGUUUACCUGCUACUCCUUCGUUUGCGGGUUCGCCGGCUUAG